UUUUCUUCUUUAAAGAUUGGAGAUCGGGUUAAGUUCUUAGAGAGUCUGGUGCGAGUGGCUGGAAGGAUAGACAAGAGAAUUCUAUUCUAUAAAUAUGCAUUGGGAAUUUAAAAUGCUAAAUGCCUUAUUUGCAAUUCUGUUGGAUAUUCUAGAGACUGGUAUAUUUUUAUCUGACAUGGAUAAUUUUGAGGGGACGUUAUAUUUUGGGGAAGUUUACAAAGUGAUUCUCUCUGUCUUCUAACUUAGGCGAAAUAUAUCAACUCUCAUACCACUCUUUCAAAAAAGCUAGCCUUCUGUACUAGGUGUUUGGGUUCAAAGACAGUUUAAAAAUUACCUUGUGUUCAGUACCUAAGAUUGCUGUUUUGCCUCGAGGGUUCUCAAAGUAGAACUAGUUUUCAUGUACUUUGGAGAAUUCCAAAGUUUUGAAAUAUUUUUUUCUUGACUGUAAAUCUUUUACAUUUUGAAGUAAUGAGACUUUAAAAGGAUCUUGGUUCUAUAAUCACUUGGUUUCAAAGAGUACUUCUUACAGCAAUUAUAAAGUAAUAUUCAAAACGCUAAUUAAACAUUUUCAGUCAUAGCUGCUUUAAUAUUGAAACAGGAUUUUUUUUCUUUUUUUGUAAGUAGCAGGGACGGUAUCUUAGCCUUGAAACACUAAAUAUUCUUUUGUCUGGCAUUAGAUCUCUGAACUGCUCUGACAUUCUCUUGAGAACGUCCCCUUUUUAUUGCCCCCAAAAGAAAAGUUAAUGAGAUAGUAGAUUUCAAGCAAAAAAGCAGGUCCUCCUUGCAAAAUAUGCUUACAGUUGCCAUUGAAGUUGGAUGUUGGCCCUGAAUACGCUUGCCUUUAAUGAAACCAGUUUAAUCGUUCACACUUGAUCAAGUAUAACAUGAGCAAACAAAGGAAAUAAGCCAGCAUAUUCCUGUAGAGUGUUAGUGUUGAUGUCAGGUCACCCCCUUCCCCCACCCUGCCCCGGCACAGGGGAGAGAGGGUUGGAGGCAAAGGGAAUUUAUGGUGCUGAUUGGUUUCUGUGCCCCAGGGGUAGGGGACCCCAGUUAUGUCCCUGUGGAAAGCAGUUGUUAGAGGCAGUUAUUAAUAAAAGAUCUUGGGUUUGAAGCUUGUGUUGAAUCUGACAAGGUGCUUUUUUGGUUUAAUUAUUUUUCCUGUUUGGAAAGAUACGGUAGGCUAUGUUGCCUUCCCGGUUUCUAAUUGUACCUUCCUAAGACUGCAGGUUGAGCUCAGAGCCCUGUGAGUUAUUUACGAUUUCACUGGGAUCUUUGAAACUGACCCUUGAAUGGGUGUUCUCCUGGGGGGAGGGGAGGGGCAAAUUACCUUUUCUUAACUGAUUUAAAAAAAAAAAAACCUCUUUGUCCCUAAAAAGCAUUUGCUUGCUAGGCAAGAGUUUGUAGCUUAUGUUUGGGAUUUAGUCAUGGAUUCAGUGAAGAGAUAUUUGCCAAGUUGUGUCUCUUUAAAAUUAUGAAAGUAAGAAAGUUUGGCUACUUAAACACUACUGCCAUUGUAAAAACACACCAGUGACAUACUUUGUGAGAUAUUUUGGCCUUUUAAGACACGCGGCACACCUGUUCCUGUCCCCGCAGAGUUGCGUUUGCUUUCUCUGCCAUUGAUAAUCUGGUCGUGUACACACGAUGAAACAGUAAAAUCUGUGUAAUUAUUAACUAGCCCAUCAGUUACCCUUUCAGAGAAUAAUCCAUAACUUCACUCUUAACUUUUAGAACUCCAAACAGAAGUCUUAUUCAUAAGUCUGGAAAGUGUUUUAAAGAGAGAUUAAAUGAAACCAGUAACAAACAACAACAACCAAAGCUACAAAAUCAACCUGUAGCUGUUCAGUUUCUGAGUCGCUGGCUAGGAGGUAAAUAAACGAUGAGAGUAUAAAAUGUGUACUGAACAAGCCAUGCGCUGGGAUAAAAAAUGAUAUUAUUGGGUACUGUUAAAAUACUAAAGCGAAGGGAGCUCAGGAUGGCUCACUCUGUUCGAAAUCCUUGAGAUUCACUGUUGAAAAUCAAAAAGGACAGCAAAAAGGACAUCUCUCAAAGAGCAGCCCCACUGAGAUCCAGCUCCAGAAUCCCAUUUGCGAACAGUUCACUAACGUCAUGAAUCAUUUUUGAAGGCAAAGUUAUACCCUUUGCACUUAAUGCUUUCCCUAAAUGGAAAAAUUUUAAAGAGUUUACAGCAACAGUAGAACACUGGCCCCCGUUGUCAUUUUUUACCACUGUCAUUUCCAUGUAGAGGGGCUGUCAUCAUAAUGAAUGUGAGUGUAGGCUGGGUCCCUCUUAAUAAUCUAUCAGUGAAAAGCAGCAGCCCAAGUGUCCUGUGUCUGUGAUCCAGCCGACAAAUAUAUAUUCAUACAGCACCUGGUUGGGAAGGGAAGUCUAUCUGUUGGGCAGGGCACAACUCAGGCAGUAUCUCCAUGUCUGAAUAAUAUAGUUCCAUUACCCGGGGUGGGUGGAACACAUUUUUGUAGUAAUUAAGAAAUGGGAGUGUAGUUUGGCUGCCCCUUUAAAAAGAAGUACUAUUUGUGCUUAACAGAAGUGACCCCCACAUGAUGAAAUAUUGGGGUGGCUUCCCCCCCAAGAAUCUUUCUGCGAAUUGCUAGCUAAGGAAUGCUUUUGUGGACUUCCCCUACUGAAAACUUUUAGUAGGCACAGGGAAGCUGGAAUGGAUAUGCUCUCAGAGGCUGUGCUGCCUGGGCAGAUAUCAGUUUUCUCCCAGCUGGUAAGCAUGUCCUAAUUUACACUGCUACAAGUUAAAGUUAAAGCACUCCUGGAAAGAAGGGAAAAUGCACAGCUUCACCCCCCUCCCAUCCUGUCUUUUGAAGUUAAUUUUUGUUCAAGUCUGUGUUUGAUGGAAUAUGUAUCAAAGGCUUAUGAAAGGGUUUUGUUGGUUUUUUUUUUUUAAACCUAUCUCUGGGUUUGGAAAAUUAUAUUUAAUAAUUGCUGAAAACUUCAGAGCCAUUUUUAAGGUGUUCAGUGGCUCUUUUGAUCAUGAUUUAAUGGAGAGUAUCCAAAAGCCAUCAAUGUGACUCUUAAUGAUAUUCACAAAUUAAUGUUUGGGCAUAAUCUGGAGUUUGCUUUUAGCUAUCAUUAUUAAUGUUUAAAGCCUAAAUUAUGGCUGCACUUGGGCAUUCAGAAGUUUGCCUGUGAAAAGAAGGGCUUUGCACAUUGUGUAAAGGGGGGGGAUUCACAAAUGAAUACAGAUUGUACAAUAGGGACAGAGCCAGGCCAUUGUUUGUGUGGAAUGUUGACCAUGGGAGCCAAGGGGCAGUUUCGCCUUCAUUCUUGUAGCUGCUGGAGAGCACAGAAACUUCAGGAGGUGCAGACGGCAUGGGAGGCAGAGUGGCAUUCAUCUGUCUCUGCCCCCUUUCCAGACUUUUUCUUAGAAGGUGGUCUUUUCUGGACUGCUGGGGAAACUUCGUGUGCUUUCUCUUCUCAGUAAUCUCAUUUUUUUUUUUUUGGAAAAAUUCUAAAGGCAGAUAGUGGAGUAUUUCAAGGAAAGUGUAAACAAACCUUUUUCCCCAUGAGGUGCAAUUUUAAGAAAUAAUACUCAACACCAGAAACUGAGGUGUCCUAAGCCACAGGAAGAAGUUGUGUUUAUUUGUAUUCCUGUCCUCCCUUUGCAGUAUUACAGUGGUUUGAAUGUGUUGGUAGUGUCAGGGCAAGUGCAGCGAGGAUGAGUUUUGCUGGAUGCCCAUGUUCUGUUGCGCAGCUGCUGCCAUUGCAGAAAAAGCUCCCCUUGGAUCGAAUCUUACUCAUCCAUGCACAAAGCCCUCCUGCUUCCACGUGGAAGCCGAGGUCCCCAAGUGGAGCCAACUCUAUAGCUGAAGUGACCUGCAUUCCUGUUCCCUUUUAACCCUCACCCUAAGUGGAAUCAAUGUAGAUAAUUGACCACUGUGGGGGGCUGAUGCACGUCCGGAUUUUUAGCAACUACACUUAGUGUUAGAACUUAGGGGCCAGUUGCAGUUUCUGUAUGUACCUAAGCUUCCGUCUCUCCUUCACCGAAUGUUUUAGACAUGAUCUGCCUUAGCUGUUUACCUAACUAAAUUUAGCAGAUGGUUGCCUGGAGUUGGCUUAAUAUUCACAACAAUUGCGAUAACAUGGUUGGGUUCCUAUUAAUGAGGCAAGGGAUAAUUUUGGUUUUAUAGAGAAUUGUGACUCUUCUGUCCUAGGUAAUAAUAGAGCCUUCGUUUCUCCCGAAGGUCUGUUGCUGUUUAAGGAAUGUUAACCCUGAAGAGCUGUUGUAGCCUGACCUUGGUGGCCAGCCUUGCCUUUGGUUGUUGGCUUCUGGUUUCAUCACCUUAAAUGGUUUUGAACCAAUGAAGCUGUAUUUCCUUAAAAAGACGGACAGCCCAUCGUGUGAACUAUAGAGUUUGUGGACAGAUUUAUACUGGGUUCAUAGUGGCGUAAUGCACGCAGACUCCCGCGAGUUCCCCUAAGUUCUUAGAGGACUGCUUUGCCAUUCGAAUCUGAGAGUUGCAAAGUUCCAUAAAGAAUGGCCCUUGUGGAUAAGCACAAAGUCAAGAGACAGCGAUUGGACAGAAUUUGUGAAGGUAUCCGCCCCCAGAUCAUGAACGGCCCCCUGCACCCCCGCCCCCUGGUGGCACUGCUGGACGGCCGCGACUGCACCGUGGAGAUGCCGAUCCUGAAGGACCUGGCCACCGUGGCCUUCUGCGACGCCCAGUCCACUCAGGAGAUCCACGAGAAGGUGUUAAACGAGGCCGUGGGCGCCAUGAUGUACCACACCAUCACCCUCACCAGGGAGGACCUGGAGAAGUUCAAGGCCCUGAGGGUGAUCGUGCGGAUAGGCAGCGGCUACGACAACGUGGACAUCAAGGCUGCGGGCGAGCUCGGGAUCGCCGUGUGCAACAUCCCGUCCGCCGCCGUGGAGGAGACGGCCGACUCCACCAUCUGCCACAUCCUCAACCUGUACCGGCGGAACACGUGGCUGUACCAGGCGCUGCGGGAGGGCACGCGGGUACAGAGCGUGGAGCAGAUCCGCGAGGUGGCCUCGGGAGCAGCCCGCAUCCGCGGGGAGACGCUGGGCCUCAUCGGCUUCGGUCGCACGGGGCAGGCGGUUGCUGUUCGAGCCAAGGCCUUUGGAUUCAGCGUCAUAUUUUAUGACCCCUACUUGCAGGAUGGGAUAGAGCGGUCCCUGGGCGUGCAGAGGGUCUACACCCUGCAGGACUUGCUGUAUCAGAGUGACUGCGUCUCCCUGCACUGCAAUCUCAAUGAACAUAACCACCACCUCAUCAAUGACUUUACUAUAAAGCAGAUGAGGCAAGGAGCGUUCCUCGUGAACGCGGCCCGCGGAGGCCUGGUGGACGAGAAAGCCUUAGCCCAGGCCCUCAAGGAGGGCAGGAUACGAGGGGCGGCCCUCGACGUGCACGAAUCGGAGCCCUUCAGCUUUGCUCAGGGUCCCCUGAAAGAUGCACCAAACCUCAUCUGCACUCCGCACACGGCCUGGUACAGCGAGCAGGCGUCACUAGAGAUGAGGGAGGCCGCUGCCACGGAGAUCCGCCGGGCAAUCACAGGUCGCAUCCCAGAAAGCUUAAGAAACUGUGUGAACAAGGAGUUCUUUGUCACGUCAGCCCCUUGGUCAGUAAUAGACCAGCAGGCGAUCCAUCCCGAGCUCAAUGGUGCCGCGUACAGAUACCCACCAGGCAUCGUGGGCGUGGCUCCAGGAGGACUUCCUGCAGCCAUGGAAGGGAUCAUCCCUGGAGGCAUCCCAGUGACUCACAACCUCCCUACAGUGGCACACCCUUCCCAAGCGCCCUCUCCCAACCAGCCCACAAAACACGGGGACAAUCGAGAGCACCCCAAUGAGCAAUAGCAGAGGAUGCCAGAAGGUAAACAUUCAGAUAAACUUGGGACCAAGAGACAGUGGAAUAUAGAUGAACUAAGAGAAAAGGAAUUUGACGGUCUUUUUAACUGAUUUUGGACAUAUGCAUCAUUGAUGUUGCAGUGUUAAAACUACAAGAGCUAGAAAACUGAAGAUGUCUGCUUACGGAAGCGCUGAAAAGACUAGGACGUGAUUUAUUAACGACCAACUUCUGUUAUUGUGUGUUAAGUUUUUCAUCUGUGCAUCAAAUCACAAAGAAUAAAUAGAGCUUUUUCCUUUAUCAGUCCCUUGGGCACAGCAGGUCCUGAGCACCCUGCUCUAGAAUGUUGCAUCAAGAGUUCCAAACAUCAAAAUAAAAAAUGUUAAGAGGAAAUCCCCAUCCUAUGACUCUAGUCCCUUCGGUCUACAGGGCCUGGUUACCUCUUUUUGCUAAUAGGAAGAUUAAACUACAAAAUGGGGAGAAAACUGUUUGCCUGUGUUAGACAUCUGCACGCAUAGGAUUGAAGACAGUACAGGAUCCUGUACAGAGAAGUGUCUUUUUCACAUCUGAACUGCAUACUGAGCGGGCAAGUUGGUUGUAAGUUCAGUGAUACCCUCUGAUGAUGCAAAAAAAAAAAAAAAAAAAAAAGUAUUAAGUUUCACAAGCUGUUUGUACUCAAAUAUAUUUUCUCAGUUUCAGAUCCUCAGCUAUUUUAUUGAGUGGAAAGUCUUGAACUAAAAGGGUUCAAGAAGAAUAAUGUUGCAUUUCCUUAUGUCUCAGGAAACACUUUUUAUGGUAACUUGUCAGAUUGUCUAUGAACAAACCCACUUUUUUAGACAUUGAUAAAGUCUUCUUUUCUUCACGUGAUAUUUUAUACAAGAACACUUCAGAUGUAUUAGAUGUGACUGAUUUUAACAAAUCCUAUUAGAUUUGUAUCAACUAGUUACAUGUUCUAUUCAUAGUCUUUUGUGAAUCAUUGCCUUUUUGUUUAAAAAAAGAUGGCCUAUUUUGAGCCUUUGUAUAGGUACAUUCCUGUUUUUGUGACAAAAGAAAAACUUUAAAACUGUCCCAAACAGAAAAAUAAUGGCUAUCAGAAGUAUGUUUUGUUUUAGUGUGAGUUACCGUUACUGUAUUUGUUUAUUGUAAAGGUGGACAUUUAGCAUUCAGUGCAGUUUUCAAUAAAAAGUAAUUAAAAUUU